GAGCCGACUGUGUGAGCGAGCGUCCGGAGGCAGAGCGCGGCGGCGGCGGCGGCGGCGAGGCCGGUUCGUUCCAGGGGACAAUAGAGGAGCUAGGCCUGGCUGCGCUGUGUGAUCGGGGGCCGGGAGCUGAGGCAGGGGGCAGGAUGCUGGCGCUCUUUACCAAGCUGCUGGACUGGUUCCGGGCACUCUUCUGGAAGGAGGAGAUGGAGCUCACCCUGGUGGGGCUGCAGUACUCGGGCAAGACCACCUUCGUCAAUGUGAUCGCGUCGGGGCAGUUCAAUGAAGAUAUGAUCCCAACAGUGGGCUUCAAUAUGAGGAAGAUCACCAAGGGAAAUGUUACUAUAAAGCUUUGGGACAUUGGAGGCCAACCUCGUUUUCGCAGCAUGUGGGAGAGGUACUGCCGUGGAGUCAGUGCCAUUGUGUACAUGGUAGACGCUGCAGACCAGGAGAAGAUUGAAGCCUCGAAGAAUGAACUUCAUAACCUGCUUGAUAAACCACAACUCCAGGGCAUCCCGGUCCUAGUUCUUGGGAACAAGCGAGAUCUGCCUGGUGCCUUGGAUGAGAAGGAGCUUAUUGAGAAGAUGAAUCUUUCUGCUAUCCAGGACCGAGAGAUCUGUUGCUAUUCAAUCUCUUGCAAAGAAAAGGACAACAUUGACAUCACCUUACAGUGGCUUAUCCAGCAUUCAAAGUCCCGGCGAAGCUGAGAGCCCGUUGGCUGCCUCUUGGAUUGGGAAGAUGCCAUUGUAAAAGCCCCAGCGCACCUCCUCCUUCCUUCCCCCAUCUCCUGCUCUGUCCAUCCCUCUCUCCCGCCUCUCUUUCCCUAGAUGGGUAUUUUUAGGGGACCCUGGACUCCUCUUCUGCUGAGAUUGAACUCCUGUUUUUAUUGUAAAGAAACUGUCUGCCCCCCUCUUUCCUUGCUCCUUACUCUGGUUUUGGCACUGUUCUGUUGUCGUCAGUGUGUGUACAGUAUAUAUAUAUAUGUAUAUAUAUUUUAAUUUUUUAAUUUAAGCAAUUUCGCUGUUACUAAAUGGGGCCUGUGGGCUGUCGAAGGGACAGCAACAAAUGGAAGAGGCAGUGAAGUACCAGACACAGUGUUAGCCAUGUCGCACGCAGCUCAGGACAGCGGAGACCUUUCUACAGGGGAGAAGAGCAUGGUUUUGGGUGGUAUCCUCCCUGCAAGAGACCGUCUUCCUUCCACCUCUGGCACCUUAAUUUGCCCUCCAUGAUGGAAUCUGACGCCCUCUAGUGAGUCUGCUUCCUGCUUUGCUGCCCUAAGCUGUACAGCAAUAUGGGUGGGAGAUGAGUCCCUGGGGAAAGCUUCCUAGAGCAGACUGUUCCCUUUUGAGUCCUCUGGUCUAAAACCUGUGAGGAGGCCUCACAGGUGUUGUGAUUCAGUUUCAGCCCCUGCUCCCGCUGCUGCCACCCUGCACAAAUCCAUACCUGGUGGACGUCAUGUGUGCUCUCCCGUUGCAGGCCGGUAUAUUAGCACUUCACCCAGGGCAGGAGGUUUCUGCAGGGAUGGGAUCAGCACCUGAGGAGGUGUAGAUGGUUCAGAAUGUGCAUGCUUCCUGAUCAUUCAAAAAGGCAGAAUCUAGACCAAGAGUUCCAGAAUUGCACCAAAGAGACCAGACCUGGAGGUUCACGGUGACCUUGUUCCUGGGCCAUCCAUAGAAACAGACUCUUCUGCUUAGAGCAGUUUAUGCCCAGGUUCCCUUCCAAGUCUUUGGGUGGGCAGAACAUAGAUCUUGGGAUGCUCACCUCAAAUCCUAGACCCCAGUGAAGUGGAUUUGAAAGCGGAGGAAAUGGGAAGUGUGCUUUUUUCCAGUUUGCAGGUUUUUCUACAGGCCACAGACCAGUGACUAGGAGCAAGAGCCGUUCCUUGGCCUGCUAGGCUAGGGACCUCUCACCCCGUCCUCCAUGAGUUCAGAAACAAGUAUACAACACCUGCUGUCCCCCUCACCAAGCUUAACGUGUGACGCUUUGGUUGUGGCAUUAAGCAAGUGAGCAGCGGAAGAGAGGGGUCCUCAUUUUCUCAUUCCCGCACAUAUGACUGUCUACGAGACAAUUGUGCAUUGCAGUCUGCUGUCCUAUAUGGUGCUUGAGUUUUCUAGCUAAAGUCUGCAGUGGGCCAUGGGUGGCCAUUCCUGUCUAGGAAGGAUAAUCCAGAUCGGCACAGCUGGCUACUGUCCUGUAUUGGUAUCUGCUUACCUCGGGAAUUGUGGCAGCUACAGCAGAAGGGGCUUCUAGGAAGGAUUGUAUGUCUUCGUGUCAGGCCCCCUUGCCUCUUUGUUAAGGGCAACCAACUGCAGGCCUCAAGCAGCUAGGUCUUCCCCAUCCCAUUUAAACUAUGGGUAGGCGGGAGACUGCAGUGCUUGGCCCAGCCUGGCCCUAUCCUGCACAGAGCUGCUCCCAUUAGGGGGUUGGGCUUUCUAACUGCAUCUUUUUUCCCCUCCUCUGUUCUCAUUUUCACAGAAUUGCACAAGGAGAUAUUUUACUUUUUUAUUUAAUGAAUUGUAAAGUGUCAUUUAUUCCUUUUUUAAAUAUAUUUUUGGCUCAUUUUUGACCUUCUUUGUUGGGAAAUGAAUCUUGUAACAGUACAUUUUUUGCCUCCUAAUAACAAUAAAUUAACAAUUUUGUGUUGGU